UUUUCAAUUUCAAAUUUGCAUUUGCAGCUGCAGGAGAGCUCGUAGUCGUAUCAAUGGCUACUGCUCCUUUGAGCGAGGUCGAGAGACUCCAAAGCGAGAUUGAGACACUCCAAGAUGAGAACAGGGCCUCGAUAGAGCGUCUCACUGCCUUGGAAAAUGAACUGGCCAGGAAGGAUGAGAUUAUUCAUGAGAAUACUGAGCAGAAAGAUAAGCUGUUGUUAGACAUUAAAGAAAAGAAGAAGGAAAUAGAUCAGCUCCAGGCUAGACUCCAAGAAGACCAAGAUCAAAAGAGGUCCUUGAUGGAGCGCCUCUCUGCCUUGAAAAAUGAACUGGAUAUUACUAUUAACGAGAAUGCGAGACUAAAUACAGAGAAAGAUAAGUUGUCAGAGCAAGUAUAUCAACUCCAGAAUCAGCUUGAACAGGCCGAAGAAGAAGCCUUUAAUGCGAAAGGAGAUAAGCAGAAACUCAAAGGUCAUCUGGAGGAGAUUCAAGUCAAAUGCAGAGAAGCCGAGUCGGAAUUGCGUAACUUCCAGAGCCGCAUAAAAGAAGCAGAUGCAAAUAUUGAAGAAUCAGAAGAAAAUUACCACAUGACAAUGGCUGAGCUUAAAGGAAAGACUGAACUAGUCAUUCAACUAGAGAGAGAGUGUAAACAGAUUAAGCUAGAGUCGAGCUCGCGUCAAGCUAAUCUCAAUCAAGCUCUCCUUCAUACUAAACAUGUCUGCAUUCAACUUGAAGCUCGUAACGAAGAGCUCGAGGCUCACGAGAGAAUGUUAAUAGAGGAGAAAGAGGCCCUGGAGUCAAGAUGCAUGGAACUCUCAAGCCGUCUCGAAGGUCCUUGCCAACUCUGUAGGAAACGGGAGCAUGCAGCAACAGUGACUAUAAUACCUUCCAACUCAAAGGAUGACGAAGACUUGGAUUCUAUCCCACGCUCCUAUUCCACCCCAGUCACUCCUUUUAAGACACUCCCAGAAGAGACUGAGGUCGAUCGACUCAACGAUGAGCUACUGAAAAAGAAACAAGAGCACGAUUGCUUGUUUGAAAACCUACAAAUGGUCUCAAAGAAAAAUACGACUCUCAAGAAAGAGCUCAAAGAGUCCGAGAAGGCACUAUACGAGUUGCAGAGUGUCUGUGACUCACUGAAAGACGAAUUAGAAGUUGCAUACAGAGAGCCUCGACAUACUUUAGAUUCCUCAAUCUCUGGAAAAAAUCCAAAACAGAUACAGCAAGAGGCUGAGUCUUUAAUGAAAGAGCUGAGCGGCAUACAAAUGCGUCAUGAUGAGUUAUUAGCCAAGAACUCGUCGCUCAAAGUCGAAAAGAUUGACAAUGAGAGAUCCCUAGAGGAUGCUCAUAGAAAGCUUGACAGAUUGAUGGAAGAACUACGCAGCUACCGGGAGUCCAGCAGCAGCAGUGAUGAGGAGCCACGGUGUGACCAACACAUGGAGACUAUUGCAGCAUGUAAGUCAGCAUUAGAUAAAUCCAAAAAGGAGAGAGAUUGGCUGAGAGAGGCAAACACAGAGCUGGAGAAAUUGGCUGCAACACUAAAGGAGGAGAAUGAGGCUUUGGGUACUCAGAACACUCAACUGCGUCUCACUAUAUCCGACAAUGAGGCUGACAAGACAGCUAUUGUCCAAUUGGAAUCAGAGCUGGAAGCUAAGGGAGAGGAGAUUGUUACUCUCCAAUCAAAAGUUGCUGUGGUGUCGAAGGAGAAAAGUGAGGUUCUUAAAGAAGACGAAGAACUAAAGAAAGCACUCAGAGAGUCUCAGUCCCAGAACCACGACCUGAACAACUCUCUCGCUAAAUUGAAAGCCCAAAACAAGAGAGACCAGGAACUGGUGACUAUCCAACAGAAAGAGAUUGAGACUGAGAGAGCUAAAGCCACUCAUAUCAAUCAAGAGCUUGCUGCUUCUAAAAGGGACCUUGAACUGGCUAAAAACUGCAUAAAACGCCUUCAACAUGACAUAGAGAGCAAUGCUAAAUGCCAUGAUGAUGUAGAAAACCAGCUCCUUAAAUCUCACAACAAGCUUUCCCAGCUUCAGAUGAGAUUAGGCGAACUUGAAGGACUCAAUUAUGAGUUAAAGUCAACUCUCGAGAGUAUGAAAACUCAAGAGACCUCACUCGUGUCUAAAAGCAACAGAAGCAAAAUGAAGAUUGAGGAACUGAACGAGAAGCUUAAAGCUACAGAGGAAGUCCUUGAAGAGAAGGAACGCGAGUUAAAUCUUGUCAUAAAAUCCCGAGAGCAGCUAAAAAUAGAUAAUAACAAGCUGUUGGAGCAAUUGGAUCAGCUCUCUCAAGCAUUGAUGGCGUCAAACAAUGAGAAGGAUUUACUGCGUGGUCAAAUUGAACAAUAUGAUACUGAACUUGAGGUAGCUCGUGCAUCGCAUGAACUCGAUUUCAAAGAAAAAGAGGCAAAGAUUGCGGAUUUAAAUUCUGCGAUUGAGGAUUUAGAUUCCGAGAAUGAGUCUUUAAAUACGCAAGUGAUCCUUCUCAAGGAAGAGAUAUCAGCCUGUGAGGAAAGGCUGAGCACUGUCAGACUAGAUGCAGAGAACAAGUCAAGAAUAAUUGAGGACUUUGAAGAGAAUGAAAAGGAAUUGAAGAUGGAGCUGCAAGAAAUGACUGCAGUGAAAGAGAACCUCUUCUCACGCUCUGAGAGGCAAGAGUCUGAUCUAUUGAACCUAACUGAACAAAUGAAACACAAGAGUGAGGAGCUUCGUCAAGCAAAUAGAGAGAUCACACGUCUUAAAGUAGAAUUAAAAGAGCUCCAGCAGUCACACUCCAAUGAAUUGGAGCACUCUGUAGGACAAUACUAUAAGCUUAAAGAAGAGAAUGAUCAUAUUGACUGUGAAAAUAGACACCUCCAAUUUCAAUUAUCACAGGCGGCGAGAUCUCUUGAAGACUUGGAGGAUUGGAAAAGAGGUGUUGUUGAAAGAAGUGAGGAGCUGGAGAGGAAGUUAGAAGAGCGAGAGAGAAAAAUUGAAGAGCUGAAGAGAAAAAUAGAAGAGCUGAAGAAUGAUAAAGCCAGACUACAAAGAGAAUUGAAAGAAACAAGACAACGCCAUAUGCAACACAAGAGGGAUUACAAGCUUGCUGAGGAUAUCAUCAAAAAAAGGAAGCAACUUGAAGAUAUUAUUUAUGAACCUGAUACGCCGACUAGUGAGAGAAUCGGAGAAGGCGUACAGCAAUACAAUAUCAGCUCGACCAGUGGAGAAUGAUCACUUCUGCUAUUGAAGAAUGUACUGGAUAAUAUUGACAGUGUCAUAAUGUCUUUAAUAUUAGGAACUUCUUAUGUUUAAAUCACUUAUAAAUCAACUUUAAA